AUGCCCACCCCGCUACCUCAUCCUGCCACCAACAAGGCACUCUCUCGCAACUCAUCCACCUCAUCCACAGACUCUUAUCGUCGCAUGCUCCAAAACGAACCCAGUCUUCUCAAGCACCCCCACGAACUCUUGGAUACCAGAAUGGGACACUUGAUGGAAAAAUUCAGCAUUGAAAAAGAGGAUCUACAUACCUUGCAUUUCAAUUUGAAGGAGCGACUCCACAGCUUCUUUUCGCAAAAGUCCGAGAGCACAAAGGUGCGGCUCAAGCUGUUCGGCAUCUGUAGCUCGACAGCUACCGCGGGAUCGAUCGCCAAACCCCUCUUCCGAUCCCGAACCGAGGCGCCCACCCUCCUGGCGCCCGAACUGGAUCGAGACGAAUUUAUCAUCAACAACGGGCGACCGUUAUUAACUCAAGUCAUAACCACCAAACCAGGCGGAGUCUGGUCAGAUAAGCUCGUGCUGCCCUGGCAGACGAUCGAGACGCAUCUGCGAGUCCAUCAGAUGCAGCAAAAGGCUAACUCUGCACACAACUCAUCCUCUCAAUCCCCCGAUACCGGAAUCACUAGGCUCAGAAUCGAGGCUGAAUUGAUCAGAGACGAGUCUAACGAUUCAUUCCCCAGAGGGCCUGAGCCGAUGGCUUCCGAUCCUUCGAAAAAAGACAUCCAGUUGCGCAAGUUAUCUGUUGGAAAGUCGUCGUUGGUCAUGGAACUCGAUGUGAUCCCUGCCCUGGCCGAAAGUGUCCAUGUGAUUUCAGACAUCGAUGAUACCAUUAAACAUACGAAUGUCUUAGGGGGCCUCAAAGCCGUCUUCAAAAACGUCUUCUUGGCUGGCUUCGAUCAGGUUUCGAUUCCUGGGAUGGCAGAGUGGUACCAAUCCCUCCAAGAGUUGGGUUGUUGGAUGCACUACAUCAGUAAUUCACCCAUGGAGUUAUGGUACUGUAUCGAAGGCUUCUUGGCUGCUAAUGGAUUCCCUCGCGGAUCUAUCAGCUUGAAGGAAUAUGCUCGCGGUGCCACUUCGAUUCUUUCAGGCAUGUGGGAAUCCGCUGGGGCUCGUAAACGUGCUCGAGUCGAAUCGAUCAUCAAUCGAUUUCCCAAUUCCAAGUUUAUCUGUGUGGGCGAUAGUGGGGAACAAGACCUGGAGAUGUACGUGAGCUUAGCCCAAGCUCACCCCGGCAGAAUCAUGUCGAUAUAUAUCCGUGAUGUGACGACACCAGUGAUAUUAGGCAAGGACAUAUCAAUAGAUCAGCUUUCAACUGCUGACCGGCCAUUAUCUGAUUGGGAGGAUCUCAUGAUGAGACCGCCUACUCAGAUUAAAGCAAAUAUCCUGUCGCCCUCGCGAUCGAGCAGUCCGUCUAGACAGUCGUUUGCCAUGCCUGUCAACCUUCCCGAGAACAAUCCCCUCCGGAGCAAGUCUGUCGAUGUUUUAUCCAACUCCAACAAUAUCGUUGCAGGACCUUCGAAGAAACGGAACAGUCAUAGACCCAUUGCGCCGCCCAAGCCUCUCCACCUAAGCAGUAAACCGGCCGGUUCGCGGGCAGUAGCCGAUAUUAGCAAGAGGAUGUCUCACGUCGAACAAUCCUUAAAUCAGACCCAUGCACAUCUGUGUGAUCCAUCCAUCAAAAGCUCCAGAUCGGCAUCAAUUGACAUCACACCAUCAUCAUCACGAGAAAGCCACAUCGGCUUCGACAAAGAGUAUGCCUCGUCGAUGGCACCCACCUGUACUACUAAAUCGAGUUAUCAACCCACGCCUUCGUCGGCGGAUGAUAUCAAGACCCAAUCGCUCCUCGACGGGUUCAGAAACCGCAUCAAGGAGGCCGAGUUGGACCUCAACCAGCUCCAGUUCAUCCCUCCGACCCAGCAGACCAACCUGGCUGACUCUCAUCAUCAUCAUCGCCAGCCUUCCUACGACCGGUCGGGCGACCAAGACCGCCAAAAAUUCCAAGUCUCUUUCCCUAAUACCAAGUUGAAGCUCUUCCGCAGCGGAUUCGAUGAGUGUGUGGCCGAGUCGAUCCGCGAUGUUAAGAAAGUUUUGAACAAGUAA